UAGUUACAGACCGGUUGACUGGAGGGCUCGGUCAGACCAGGACCGGUUACUGAGUUACUGAGUUACUGAGUUACUGAGUUACUGAGUUACUGAGUUACUGAGUUACUGAGUUGAUUGGUGAGUUAGUGAGUUAGCAGCAGCAGCAGCGGUGGUGUUGAGGAGCGGAUGAGCUGGUUCACCUGCAGGUAACAGAGAUGUUGUGGAGCUCAGCAGGUCUGCGGUCAGCUGGUGUCGGUCUGGUCCGCUGCUGGUCGCUCUCAGUCGGUCUCAGGUCUCUCAGGUCCCGCUGUCCUCUCCGUUCCUCCCGGUUCUUCUCCGGUUCUGGUCCCCAGCAGGAGGAGGAGGUGAAGCGCUGGGUUCUGGCGGUCAGUCCGUUCAGCACCGUUCGGGCUCAGCUGAGCUGCAGCCUCUCCGUCAGCCCGCUGGACCCGCACCAGUUCCCCGAGGCGGACCGGGUCUUCAUCACGGUGCACCGGACCGACACCGAGCAGGAGGCCGGUCUGGAUCACCUGCAGGUCCGCUACGAGGACCGGAACCAAGAGCUGCUCAUCUCCGGGAAGAAGGUCCACAGCAGCGUGAAGAUCCACCUGACUGCUCCCAUCAAGACCAAUCUCUUCAUCACCACUGAAGGAACCGGCUCGGUGCAGGUGCAGAAGAUGGAGUGUGAUAUCUGCAGAGUGCAGACGGAGCAGGGCGACUGUGUGCUGCACUCUGUGAAGGGUCAUCAGGUUGAGGUCCGGUCCCGUGGAGGACACGUUACCGGUGUGGGCACCAUCCAUGGCAAUGUGGACAUCAGCACAUGUGGAGACAGUGGAGUGGAUGUCAAGAAGCUUCAGGGCACCAAGAUGAGUAUUUCAACAGAACGUGGCCCUCUGAAGGUCAAAGCCAUCUAUGCCGAGUCCAGCUGCGUCUCCUCCUGCUCUGGUAGAGUCCAACUGGGACUCGUACACGGUAACGCCACUGUGAAGAACGUGUCUGGAGAUACAAUUAUUGAUGGAUCGAACAGUUCCCUGAAGGUCUCCUCUCACAGCGGAGGCAUUGAUGUCUACGUGGGAGACGGUGGCAGCGCUGAACUCCACAGUCAGGAAGGAGCGGUGUGUGUGCGUGUCCCCUCCUCGUUGAGAGCUGGGAUGGAGCUCUGUGGUACAUCGGUGAAGAUCAGCCCAGAGGUUGUUCUGCAUGGAGUAGAAAACAACACAACUGAAGGCCAAACCACAGUUACUGGUUAUAUAAACGCAGAGUCCCCAGUGGACCGCUGGAUUAAAGCUCAGGCAGACACAAAUUCCGUCAGACUGAAGACACAAAGCUGGUUUGAAUCCCUGAAACUGGGCAGCUGAGUUACGAGCUUCACGCCGACAGAGCCAGAUGUUUACUGCUGCUCCUCAAGACUGGAUGUACCUUCACCUCAGACUCAGGAGAUGUGCUCAGCAAAUACUGACCUUUCAAUAAGGACAUGAUGUAUCAUCUAUAGUAUUUAACAGAUAAUCACUGUACACACAUGGCGUCUUGAAAGCAUACUGUUCUAUGAAACUGCACACCAGUGAUGCUUUGUGCUGAACUCUCAGUAGGUUUGAAUGUUAAUGACAAACUGUUUGCUUGCUCGUAUUUUUUGUACGUUUACUUGUGAUGUGAAAUAUUGCCAGAGGUUGAAUGUCCUCUUAUUGGUACAUUAUGUAAAUACUAUAAAAAAUGUAAGUAUCCAAAUGACAAAA